GGCGCCGCCGCCCAGCGCGGCUCGGCGGCCCGCCCGAGUGCAGGGCAGGGCGAGGGCUCGGCCCAGCGUGCGCCGCAGGUCCCUGGGGCGGCGCUCGCGAGGGCGGAGGUGGCCGAUGCCGGGGUGGGUGCGAGGCGCGAGGAGGCGGUGGAGCGGCAGCUACGGGAAGAGCUGGCGCAAGAGGCGCGGGCCGCGGGCGAGCGUUGCGCAGUGGCGGAGGCGGCGGAGCAGCGACUGCUUGAGGAGCUGUCGCAGGAGGCGCGGGCCGCGGACGAGCGUUCCGCCGUGGCGGAGGCGGCGGAGCGGCGGCUGCGAGAGGAGCUGUCGCAGGAGCUGCGGGCAGCCGACGAGCGUUCUGCUGCAACAGAGGCGAUGAAACGGCGACUGCUGGAGGAGCUAUGGCAGGUCCAGGAGAGUCGUCCCGCAGACGCGAGUUCUGCCCGCGCCGAGGCGGCGGGGCAGCGACUGCUGGAGUUGUCGCAUGAGGCGCGGGCCGCGGACGAUUGUUCCGCCGGCGCGGAGGCGGCGGAGCGGCAAUUGCGAGAGGAGCUGUCGCAGGAGCUGCAGGCUGCCGACCAGAGGGCCGCUGCCGCGGAGGCUGUGGAGCGGCGACUGGUUGAGGAGCUUUGGCAGGUCCAGGAGACGCGUGCCGCAGAUGCGAGUUCUGCCGGCGCGGAGGCGGCAGAGCAGCGACUGCUGGAGCUGUCGCAGGAGGUGCGUGCCGCAGACGAGCGCUCCGCUGGGGCCGUGGCGGCGGAGCGGAGGCUGCGAGAGGAGCUGUCGCAGGCGGAGCUGGCUGCGGGCGAGCACGCCGCCGGCGCGGAAGGCCCGCAGCAGCCGUGGCAGGCGGAGCUGGCGCAGGCCGCGCGGGCCGCCGACGAGAGGCUGGCGGAGGAGCUGGCCGCGGCGAGCCGGCUCCAGACGGAGCUGGCGCAGGCGGAGCUGGCCGCGGCGGCGCACCGCGCCAGCGCCGAGGGCGCGGAGCGGCAGCUGCAGGGGGGGCUGGAGCGCGCCGCGCGGGACGCGGAGGAGCGGGCCGCGGAGGAGCGGGGGGCCGAGCUGCGGCUGCGGGGAGAGCUGGAGCCGGGAGUCUGGGCGCGCGGGGGCGCUGGCCUCGGAGUGCGGCGCGCUCCGCGCGGAGCUGCUGGAGGCGCGGGAGGACGCCAGCAGCGCCCACGCGAGGGCCGCCGCCGCCGCGAGGGCCUGGGGGAGGUGAGCGCGGGGACGGAGCUCGCGGGGCGUCUGGGGUCCGCGCGCGCCCAGCCGACGCCAGAGUGUGUCCGGGCGCGCGCGCCGAGGGGGGCCAGCGUGGUCGGCGAG